AUGUUCCUCAGUUUCACGCUGACGCUGUGUCAAGAAACAACAGAUUUUAUUUAGUGUCGUGAACACCCGUACGAUACCCUUUCAGUUUAUAAUCCUGGAUAACUAACCAUUUAGUUUGAUAAGUUACCUCCUAAAUACCUGCACGUGGUACUGUUUACAGUGUUAACUUGUGACACAUGUUCAAAGCAGUCACUUCGAUCGCGCCAGCAGCCUCUAGUUGUUGCAGACGAGGGGUUCUUUUCCGAUCAUCAGCCCCCCUGACCAGUUUUUACCAGCUAAAUACUUCUGCUUGUUUCAGCACUACAUCACAGCUGAUGGCCUCCACAGAAUUCAAGGGAGCAAAGAGACUUGAAGGAAACUAUGGAAAUGUUUGGGUGGAAUACAUUGCCCUCACAAUGAAGCAUAAUGCCUUGAACCUUGGGCAGGGGUUUCCCGACUUUGCGCCGCCCGACUACGUCACGAAGGCUUUGGUUGAGGCUGUCACUGGUCCGAAUGUUCUUCUGAACCAGUAUACCAGAGGAUAUGGGCAUCCACGCCUGGUGAACGCGAUAGCGAAACUGUUCUCUAAGCUGCACGAUCGACCGGUCGACCCAAUGACAAACGUGCUGGUCACCGCCGGCGCUUACGAGUCCCUCUUCUGCUGUUUCCAGGGAUUCAUCAAUCCUGGAGAUGAGGUGAUCAUCAUUGAACCGUUCUUCGACUGCUACGAACCGAUGACUCGAGCGGCUGGGGGAACGCCUGUGUUCGUGCCUCUGCGACCGAGUAAGCCAGGUUCGUUGAUGACCAGUGCUGAGUGGAAGCUAGACCCCGCAGAACUCGAGAGCAAGUUCUCAAGGAAGACUAAAGCUUUAGUCAUCAACACUCCCAACAACCCACUAGGCAAGGUAUUCACGAGGGAAGAGCUCGAGAUGAUCGCGAACCUGUGUAAGAAGUACAACGUGCUGGUGUUUGCCGACGAGGUUUACGAGUGGCUGCUCUACGACGGACACAAGCACACGCGUAUAGCAACGCUGCCAGGCAUGUGGGACAGAACUCUGACAAUCAGCAGUGCGGGGAAAACGUUCAGCGUGACCGGAUGGAAGCUCGGCUGGACGGUGGCACCAGACCAUCUAAUGAAGCAUGUUAGCGCAUUCCACCAGAACUGCGUCUACACCUGCGCGACGCCGAUCCAGGAGGCGGCGGCGGUCGGCUUCGAGCUGGAGCUGGGGCGCCUCGACUCGCCGGACUGCUACUUCCUCGAGCUUCCGGCGAUGCUGCAGCCGAAGCGGGAUCUGCUGGCCGCGCAGCUGCAGGAGGUCGGCAUGCUGCCCGUCACGCCCGACGGAGGUUACUUCAUGGUCGCAGACUUCUCGCACCUAGGCGUAGAGACUGGAGACGAUAGCGACGAACCAAAGGAUUGCAAGUUUGUCAAGUGGCUUAUUCGCGAGAAGAAGUUUGCCACUAUUCCGACGAGCGCGUUUUACUCGAAGGAACACAAAAGCGUAGCGGAGAAUUACAUCAGAUUUUGCUUCAUCAAGGAGGAUUCCACGCUGAGGAGAGCCGGCGACAUUCUGAAAGAGUGGAAGCGAUCACUCAAGCAGUGAGAGAAACGCAGAGAUCUGCAGCGUCGCCUCACCAGGAGCUGUGAGGUCGCCGGCGAUAGCGCUGCAGGUGCUGCCACCUUCAGUCAACAUGCGAUCGGUCGGUCGAGGGAGAUGCAUGGAUCGCUGCACGAGCUUCCCUGAUGACGUCGUGUGGGUGAAGCCUUAAAUGACCGUUGUAGCGCGCCCCGCGUUAGCGCGGUUUAAAUUAUUAAUCGAAACGAGUAAAGACAAUCAAGAUGAAUAACCAUCACCCUCGUUAAUUUAAUUUAAUUUAAUUUUGUUUUUUGUUUUAAUUUUGUGCUAUGUUUGUCAGUCAUGGUUAGUGGCCUGUAGAAUCUUCUGAGCAGAAAUUUCAGAAUGAAUGAGGGAUGGAUUUAUCAGUAAAAUUAUAUUUUUGCUGUAUGUGCUUGUCGUGACAAUCUUGGCAGAUUGAAGAACAACUUUCACUAUGUAAAUGUUAAGAAAAAGUAAACAAAGUUGUUUGUGAAUGUAAA